AUGCCAUAUUCUAAAUUGCUAGAGGAUGAUGGUAUAGUGCCAGACUUGGUGUAUGAGGAGGGUGGAAGCCAGUUUCCAGUUAUAGUUAGUAGCAAGAACAAACAAAUACAUGAAGAUAUGAGUAGUGGAACUAACCGCUUAAAGAGUAAUACUUUUAUCAAGAGAGAGGGCGAUAUGUUAGGAAGAAAUCCCUGGCCUGAGAAAAAGAGUUCUGGUGAUGCGGGAUCAGGGGAAGAUGAUCAGGAUAUGGCGUGGGAAGAUACAAAGAUCUCAGAUCAUGGUUUCACUGCAACACAUGAUGGUGUAUGCAAUAACCUUUCCCUCAAUAAUAAUAUUCUGGAUGAUGGAGAUAAAGAAAGCGAUGAUUUCCUCUAUGGCUGGGGCCACACUGGGAAUUUUGAAGAUAUGGACAACAUGCUUAGGAGCUGUGAUUCAACUUUCGGCUUGGACAGUCUUAGUAAUGAAGAUGGUUUGGGAUGGUUCUCUUCUGCUCAGCCAAAUGAGGAUACAGAAGCCGCGAUGACAGAUGAUAUCAAACCAGAUACAAUGUUGGGAAAUCAAAGAACCCUUAUGUUGCAGGUUGAAGACUUUUUGAAUAACAGUGAGUGCUACCAUGGUGUUGAAGAUCUUUUAAACAACAGUGAGUGCAACCGUGCUCUAGGAAACUCUUCAGAAAAUGUAUAUGAUACGAGUUUGCAGAAGAAGGAUAUGUUGAUGCUGGUUGAUGAGGCUAAUCUUGGGAAGAAACAGACAGAUCAUCUUCACCAUUUGGAUGGGAAAAGUGAUGGAUACUCGGAAAACAGUUUUACAUUACAACACAGUGGUAUUUCCAGUGAAAGAAUGGACGCAAAUCAGUAUUACCCACCAUCCGUAUUCCAAAAACCAGGUGUUCCGUACUCAGAUUUCAAUUGUGAUCAAAUAUCAGCAUGUGAAAGUAAUUCUGGCAUCAAAUCUGAGAUUAAACCCAAUCCUUCCUCUGCUUCAGAUGAGUCAUACACAUCUAAUCAGGAACAAUCUAUCGAAAUCUUACAAGGUCCAACCAUUGAUGAUCGGUGUAGGAAGGGCUUUGAAAAAGGAGCCAACUUGCAGCCCGGGCAAGAUUCGCCUCCUUCUUUUGCUGCCAGUACCAGGAAGAGUAGCAAGACAAAUCCCAUGGUGUUUUCUGAUUCUGCUCCUAUCCAAAAAUUUGGGCUUGAGGAUGACCACAGAAAAGCUGCAGCCAAAUUGGAACCAGCAAACAGGCAGGAAAGUUCUUGUGUUAGCUCUCUAGUGGAUGACAUUUCACUGGAAGCAACAAGUUUUCGCCAACUUCAACAAGUCAUAGAACAGUUGGAUGUUAGGACAAAGCUUUGCAUAAGAGACAGCUUAUACCGACUGGGAAAAAGCGCGGAGCAGAGACAUAUUUGUAUGAAUCCAAAUGGCGGAAACAGACGGGUCAAAGAUGCAGGGUCGCAUCUCGAGACAGGUGAAACAGACAAGUAUGUUGGAUUCAUGGAUAUAGAAGCUGAUACAAACCCUAUAGACAGGUCCAUAGCUCAUUUGCUGUUUCACAGACCCUCAGACUCAUCUCUUUAGUCAGAUCAUGACGUUCUCUCUUAUAAAUCUCAUCCAGUGGUUCCUCAGCCCAAUAGUAGUCCGAGUCUGAGGAUAGAGAAACAAGAGGAAACUCGGAGAACUUAGAACCGAAAGCAAGUGACAACAGAUAAUGAUGUCAACCGAAAGCUGGCUCUUUCAGUGUUGUAGUAUUCGAGAUAUGGUUGUUAAUACUAAUGUUGACUUUGGCAUAGCUCAGGUUAGUUACCUAAGCCAUGACUGUUUCUUUCAUUAGAAUCAUGGAUUUUGUAACGCAGUUGGGAUAAUCUCCUAGUUUUAGAUUCCGGUUCGAAUUUGAUUGUACACUUGGUUAUUCGAACCGGGUCUGAAACAUGCAUGUGCUUUGCCGUUGUAAUAUGUUCAAGUUGCUAAGUAAGAUAUUCAGACCUUAGGAGAUCUGCAGCUUCUUCUUCUCUCAUGUAUUCACACUAGUUGAGGUUUUGCUUCCAUGACUUCACCUGUAAACCAGCUGAAACCGUGAAUGUCUAAACUGGAGAUAACCAUAGUUCCAAUAAGCAGAACCGUGAAAACCAAGAAAAGAGAUAACAUUUGAUAAGGACUUCACAUAAGCUUGUAGGUCUGGCCAAUUUACUCUUUUUUAUAGCAUGUAAUACGAACAUGAGCUUUUAAAAGCCCAUAGUUUUUCACAUAAGCUUGUAAGUAUGGCCCAUUUAUGCUUUAUAUAAAUUUAUUACUCAGUUAACUAAAACUAGGUUUUUAGCAAACUCGACGACUUUUCACGUAGCUUCUUGAGCACCCGCCGCUUCCGUCAACAGAAUGGAUUCUCAGAUCAAGCACGCCGUGGUUGUUAAAGUGAUGGGGAGAACAGGUUCGCGUGGUCAGGUGACUCAGGUAAGAGUGAAGUUCACAGACUCGGACCGUUUUAUCAUGAGGAAUGUGAAAGGACCGGUGAGGGAAGGAGACAUCCUCACUCUCCUCGAGUCCGAGAGAGAAGCCAGAAGACUCCGUUGAUUCUUAUGCAAAGUCUUCUCAAGAUUUAACAUUUUGAUGGUCAUUUCUCUUUUUGUUUUUCUCUAAGAAAACUGCUAUGUGUUAAUUAGUCUUUAUUGUUCAGACAAUGUUUGAAGAAUUUUUAAGACUAAACAUAUGUGCCAUUAUUAUCA